UAUAUGCUUGUUUUGUCCAUGCAACUGGAAACUACCCAAUCAGAUGAUAAUAUCAUCCUUCUUCUGUAAAACAGUGAAAUGCGGAAUUAGGUUCGAACCAAAUUUAAUCCGUUAUUCAAAGUUACGAAGCACUGUUUUGACUCGAGAUGGAUGGACGUAUAGAAAGUUAAACCUGGAUCUGCGAAUUCAGAGUAUCAGUGAAUUAAAUGACGAGGAGUUCAAACAUGUGACCUCAAGUGCUAAAAAUUUCUUUCAACAUAUUGGCUCAGCGGAUAAUUCUUUUGAAUCAUUGUCCUGUUUGGCAAGCUUAGUGAUUUCACGGAAGGCGAAAAAUCGUGGGCGGCAAGAUGAAUUCCUGAACCUAAUCAAUGACGUGUUCUUCGAAGUAAAUAAAAAGCACGGUGGAAGACUACCACAAUACUCUUACCUGGAACUGUAUCACUUAGCCAGAGCCGGAUAUCUUCUUCGAAUGGUUGACAAGCCCUACCACAGAGACUUGAGCCGACGCUGGAUGCACGACAUCCUUACUGAGUUCAUCUACCCCAGAAUGCAUGCGGGUGAACUGGACCGGGACUGUGUGAAACUGGCAACGAGGUGCUUGAUCGGACUUCCCGUGUUCACAGCAGGCUUUACCUCAACCAACCCGCAAUUUCACAGGGAGUACAUUGCCGACCGUAGGAAGAUUCUACAAAGUUUAGUGGACUAUCACAGAGAAAACUAUGCGGAGAUGACGAAGAGUGACAUGCGACUGUUUCUUCACAUGCUAUAUCGACAGGCAUACUCACCUUCUCGUUACGAGGACCUGCAGUUCAUGAAGAAGGUCGUGAGCGAAGAGGAAGAAAUGUAUAGGGAUCAAUCUGGACUGCUCACUCUGCUUAAGUUGGACCGUAUGUAUCGCCUACUGGACAGCGACAACUUCAUGCGACUGCGAACUGAAGUAGAGAAGAUGGCUCAGCUUCCGUUCGAAGAGAGGCACUUAGGCAUAGACACUAUGAUGCGCCUGUGCUACAUGCUGGCAGAGAAAUCAUUCGUCAGAGAACACACAGUCUUCUUCCAUGCACUCACUGACGACCUUUAUAGGAAUUACACAUCCCAAUCCAAGUGCAAACACAUCGCCAUGCUGUUCAAAGCAUACAUGAUAGCAAAUCACAAGCCAUCAGAUGUAGCUGCUAAGAAGCUCUGCACCCUCUUCAAUAUGACUGUGCAUCCUCAUGCUUACAAGGAACAGCUGAUCAAUAUGUCAAAGGCUCUUGUGGGUCUAGACAUGGUACACUUGGGCAAGCCAAUCAUCUGCAAACUGCUGCAGAAAUUUGUGGACGACCCAACAUCUAUCAGCUCGGCUGUUGACUUGUACGUCAUAAAAUCGCUGGAGAUAGAGCAUGGACCACUACUGCAUAGUUUCAUAAGACCUCGGAUGUUGACGCAUUACCUGAGAGACGGAAAGUUCAACACCCGACAUCUGAUGGCUGUAUACUUCAAAAUGGGACUGGGUUCGUUCUACAAUGAGGUUUUGAAGGACGCACUUGGGGAAGCAUAUGUUAGUCCCCAUCGACUACUGCCGUUCUUUGUUGACAUUGACCAUGUUUUUCUUGUGGACGAGGAGGGCAACAUGCUGCCGGCACACGAGAUACAACACACAUUCGAGCCAAUUCCCAGAGAGUACCUGGAGUCAGAUUCUAUGGAGAAACCAGUUGGUAUCCCAGAGGAGUCGCCGGCUACUGGGAUAGAAGAGGGAAGGCCAGUCAUAUCCAAGAACGACAUUCUGUUCGCAGUGAUCAACAGCAAGCUGCAAGUGAAGAAGACGUGGACGAGACGAAAAGGACACCUGAUCUACCUGACGCUGAGGAACAGAGACGACACGGGUCAGUUGUUCGGAGUGUGUGCUUGGCAGAUACGACUGACGAAGAAGAUAAGGCCGCCUGUCAAUGUAUUUGAGAUUGAUCAGUCUUACAUUUCAUCAGUCUCGGAUGUAUACGCCAGAGAAGAUGCAAGAGGAGAUAAUAAAUUGAGGGAGGAAUGUAUUCAGUACAUACAAAAGACUGUGCAAUAUGCCAUUGAGACUACCUUAACUCGGCAUAAACAGAAAGUGGCAACAGAGCAUGUGUCUGCUGAUUUGAAAGGACUAACUUCUUGUGAGCAAUUAUAGAAUUAUUUACUCUCAGGCGGUUUCAGUUGGAGUCCCAUUUAAAUUGAAAAAAAUGGACGAUGCAUAUAGAAUUUUGGCAAUGUUAAUGUUUUUAAAACAAUUUAUCAAUAAGGUCAAUUCGCAUGAUUUUGCACAAAUAAGGAAUACCUCUGACGUGGUGAAUCAUUAGGUCAACACCUCGCUUACCGUA